GAAGAAGUCAACCAUGGAAAUUUCAAGGUUACUUCCGGUUCUUCCUAACUCAUUCAAGAACCACACUCUUCAUGAAUCCGAUCAUCUCCUUUCCUUUUUCAGUACAUCUCCAUUUCAGUCACUUUCAGUUAAGUGCAUUCAGAGGCCUUGAGAAAUGAUCGAAAUCGCUCUGUUAUGCCAAUCCUCAAUCUCUCAGUUCCCUCCAAAUCCGCCCGGUUUCGGCGACGACAAUCCAGUAAAGUCGAUUACUAUUUUAUGGGUGGUGGGUUCAGUGGUUUCCUUGGUGGUUUUUGUUGUGAUUGCUAUAUGUGCUCUUAAGUUUGCCAAAAGCGCUGCCCCAGGUGUUGUAAGAGAAUUGAGGAACAUAACUGCACCUCCUGUGGUUAUAGCUGCUCCUCCUGUAACUGUGCCUUAUAGAACCGCACCUCCUAGAACUGCUUCUCCUUCACCUGAACUUAGCAUGGCUUCUGCAGCUAUUUGGCGAGUCGAUGCACCAACAAUGGAGAAAUUCUUCCGCAAGAUUGCCGAAGAAAAACCAGUCAGAUUCACUGCUGACCAACUUUAUACCUUCACAAGCAACUACUCGACUCGGCUUGGAUCUGGAGGUUUUGGUGAGGUUUACAAAGGGAAGUUCCCAAAUGGGGUGAAUGUUGCUGUGAAGGUUUUGAAGAGAGGCUCAGAUAAAAGAGCUGAAGAGCAAUUCAUGGCUGAGGUAGGAUCAAUUUGUAGGACUUAUCACAUUAAUUUGGUGAGGCUGUAUGGUUUUUGCUAUGACCAUUUCAUGAGUGCACUUGUUUUUGAAUACUUAGAAAAUGGAUCUUUGGACAAGUACUUGUUUGGAAAAAGAAAAGAAAUUGAAUGGAGAAAAUUGCAUGAUAUAGCAAUUGGAACAGCCAAAGGUCUUGCUUAUCUUCAUGAGGAAUGUCAACAGAGAAUCAUUCACUAUGAUAUUAAGCCUGCCAACAUUCUUCUAGAUGCAAACUUCUUCCCCAAAGUUGGUGAUUUUGGGCUUGCCAAGCUCUGCAAUCGGGACAGCACGCACAUCUCGUUCAGCGGCUAUCGAGGCACUCCCGGUUACUCCGCGCCUGAAUUUCUGUUGGUUAACUAUCCAUUAACGCACAAGUGCGACGUGUAUAGCUUUGGAAUGGUGUUGUUUGAGAUCAUCGGAAGAAAGAGCAAUGCUGGCGCAACCGUUUCUGGGAAUCCUGAUUGGUUCCCACAACAUGUGUGGGAUGCUUAUGAAAACGGUAAGUUGGAAGAGUUGAUUGUUGGUUGUGGCAUUGGAGAGGAAGAUAGGGAGAUGGCGAGCCGAGCAUGUGAGGUGGCUCUUUGGUGCGUUCAGGACUCCCCCGACGGGCGUCCACCGAUGAGUGUAGUGGUGAGGAUGUUGGAGGGAGGAGUCGAGAUAAUGCCACCGGCAAAACCAUUUCAAUAUUUGAACCCCAUAAGAAUGGGGAACAGUUCAACGAGUUCUUCACAACAAACAAGCAGUACUACUUCAAACUCUUCAACAAGCAGAGAUAGUAAUUCUCAAUGGUACAGGAAGACUACAACAAUCAUGAGAAAAUACGAAAUACAAAUGGCUAGCUCUUGAUUUUUGGUAAACAAACUUGUAUAAUCUUCUCGAAAAGUCUUCUAUCUGUCUACAAAUUUGUUAUCGUUACUCAUAUUUCGAUUUGAAAUCAUGAUUUAAAUGAGAUGAAUUCUUUAAGUUUGUAAGCAUUUAAAA